CUUCAACCACCCCGCUCUCUCUCUCUCGGCUCUCACGCGAAACACAAACUCAACAUAGGACAAAAGUGUUGAGCCUCCGCGUAGUCCAAACUUUUUUUCGAAACGUUUUUAAGCCAUUUGCGAAGGCUCCUUCGGGCUCUGCGUUCAUCAUGACAAGUUAACCCGAGUUCCUGUGCCAUUUAAACAAGGUUAGAAAGACAGCGACAGCAACAGUUGUGCUGGGUAUUACAGUCAAGUUAGCUCGGUGCUACGUCAGUUUGGAAGCCGGGUUUUGUCCAUCACUUCUUGUUACAAAUACUUGAUGACGUGGACUUAUUUCGAUUACAAAACGCUGAGAGAGAUUGCCAGGAGUUGUUUCUCACCGAGCUGGAAUUACAACAAACGUCGGGCGCUUCCUCCCUUAUAAAUAAAGGCGCUGAAUGGCCUCUGUUGUAGCGGUGAAAACCGAGAAACGAACUGCAGCUGAUUCUCAGGAUGCAGAUUCAAAUGGGAAGAAGCCUAGGAAGCUGUUGCCCAGCCUGAAGACAAAGCAUGCCCCCGAGCUCGUAUUGGUGAUCGGCACGGGGAUAAGCUCCGCCGUGGCCCCGCAGGUCCCCGCUCUCCGCUCCUGGAAAGGCCUCAUUCAGGCGCUGCUGGAUGCCGCCAAUGACUUUGACUUACUCGAAGAAGAGGAGAGUCGGCGUUUCCAAAAGCACAUGCAGGAAGAUAAAAAUUUGGUGCACGUGGCUCACGACCUCAUUCAGAAACUUUCCCCGAGAACAGGCAAUGUACGGUCCACGUUCUUCAAGGACUGCCUGUACGAGGUGUUCGACGAUUUGGAAUGCAAGAUGGAGCACGCCGGGAAACAUCUGCUGCGCUCCGUGCUGCAGUUAAUGGAAAGCGGCGCGCUGGUCCUCACCACCAACUUUGACAACCUGUUGGAGAUCUACGCGGCCCACCAAGGCACAAAGCUUGAAUCUUUGGAUCUGACCGAUGAGAAAAAGGUGUUGGAGUGGGCUCAGGAGAAGCGGAGGUUAAGUGUUCUGCACAUCCAUGGCGUUUACACCAACCCGUGCGGCAUUGUGCUGCACCCCGCUGGCUACCAGAAUGUACUGAGGAACACGGAGGUUAUGCGUGAGAUCCAGAAGCUGUACGAGACCAAAUCGUUUGUUUUCCUGGGCUGCGGGCGAACCGUUGACGACACAACCUUCCAGGCGUUGUUCUUAGAGGCGGUGAAACACAAGUCUGACCUGGAGCAUUUCAUGCUCGUGCGACGCGAGGACGUGGGGGAGUUCAAGAAGCUGCGCGACAACAUGCUGGACAAAGGCAUCAAGGUCAUUUCCUACGGGGACGAGUACUCGGACCUGCCCGAGUAUUUAGAGCGGCUGGCCAACGAGAUCUGCUUUCGAGAGGUGUCAACGAACGACUGGGGUAAGGUACAGUGUUCGUAUGUGGUUUGAUGGAUAGCGAUGAUCAAACUUACAUGACAUUAAUCAAGUUGUACGGUCAAAUAAAACUUGCAUCAUUGAUCAAUGGUACGGCUCACUCGCUGAGCUGAAGACACAUUUUGCACAUUUUUGUACAUGGCCUCAUGCGCAAUGGUACUUAUGCCACUUUUUUUUUAAAAACUCAUUUUACUGUACUUAUGUUUUGAUUGUUGACUUGAGCGAUGUGCCAACAUUCAUUUACUGUAUAACCUUUCUAUCUGUAUUUCCAGGGUUUUAAAAUGGGGGGUGGUGGGGGCAGCGGAACGGCUUUAACACUCAGUCAUACCUCCUUCAAGGUUAGGACUGAAUGCUUCUUCUCGCUGACUUCGAGCUGUGGCCACACACCAGAUUUCCACUUCAGCAAACAAGACUGUUCUUUCUGUAUGUCAGGAGUGCUCGAACGUAAAAAGGAUUUUUACUCCUUCGGGGCUCAAACUACCUGCGGAUGUUCUAAGUAAUUUCAGCUGACUGCAUGACAGCAUUCAUGAAAGCUGGCUUUGUCAGUAACUUCGCUGAAAUUCUCCAUGUUGUCUUUUUGUCUAAGUGCCACAGACCAUUGUUUUGGGGGGGGGGGGGGGUUGUGCAUUUCCUUACAACAAGGGGGCAGUCUGCUGCAAGUAUAGCAGCUGAUUGGAUUAACUAUGUAUGUCGUUCCCCCCCCAACAUUGUUAUUUAAAAGGGAAGCUAAAUGGAAGUUUGGGACACUCCAGAAAUACGUCUCUGCUGUUGAUGGUAAACUAUGAGAGAUGUGAUCUGUGAUCGCUCGCCCAUUAGUCAUCACAUUGGAAGGGGUAUCUUCAUGUUACCCCCUACUCACUGCAUGCAAACGCACACAAAUCCUACAAGGUUGGCGUCUGCCAAACGCAACACCCAACAAAAGGGUAACUUUUCAUUUGCGCUGUACUGCAUACAGGACUGGCACAAAUAUGUUAGAGACAAUUCGAAUUUUGUUCCUUUUUUGAAAGCCGUUGUCCUGCAAGGAGCAACUUGCCACUGGUGCAGACAUGUUCUUUGUAAGUAUUUUGUAUUUUUAAGUACCGAUGUGUGUGUUUGUGAUAUCGUAUUUAUAAGUACAAUUUUCAAAAUAAAGCUUUUGGCAUCUCA